UGAUAAGUCUCGAUCUGUCAAAAGUCGGUUUCCAUUCCUCCAACUCUGCAGGAUACCUAAUACAUUGUUUUAGUCAAUUUUCGGCUACCGAUCAGUUUUAAUUCAGUUUUUAAUCGUAAUUUGCGUGAAGUUUUAAACAAAUUCCAUAUAUAAAAUGAGUUGGCAAGAUUACGUAGACAAACAGCUCCUCGCCUCAAGAUGUGUUACCAAAGCCGCUAUUGCAGGACACGACGGAAAUGUGUGGGCGAAAUCUGAUAAUUUCGAUGUGUCAAAGGAAGAAUUAGCAAAAUUAGUUCAGGGUUUUGAAAAACAAGAUAUCCUUACAUCAUCCGGUGUCACGCUGGCAGGUAACAGAUAUAUCUACCUCUCAGGCACAGACCGAGUCAUAAGGGCAAAACUUGGCAAAGUGGGAGUUCAUUGUAUGAAGACAACUCAGGCUGUGGUAGUAUCAUUAUAUGAAGACCCAAUCCAGCCACAGCAGGCCGCGUCAGUAGUGGAGAAAUUAGGAGAUUACCUAAUUACUUGCGGAUACUAAGGUGUUCCCAAGUCUUCGCUUCCACAGACAUGAUUACGGUGAUGAAGGAUUAAUUUUUUUAUUACAAAAUCAGCAUUAGUUUAUGUUAUUGACAUGCUGAAAUUCAAAGUGCGAAAUAAAUUAUAAAAUAAUUUUGGAAGGUUAACGUACAUAACCAAAUAUGUUUUAACAUAUAUACUUAUUUAUAAAUUAA